AUGCUGGCUGAAAGAAAAGUUAAACAGAAACUGUCGAUCAACCCCCAGGGUCUUUCAUGGGCCAAAGAUGAAUCGAAAUUUGGUCAGAAGCUGAUGGAGAAGAUGGGCUGGUCGAAAGGAAAAGGUCUGGGGGCCAAGGAAAGUGGAAAUGUCGAUUUCGUGAAAGUCUCCUUGAAAAUAGACAAGAAAGGUGUUGGUUGCAGUCACCAAUCAGCCAAUAACUGGAUAGCUCACCAAGAUGAUUUCACUUCCAUACUAGCCAAUUUAGGAAAUAAUAAUAAUAACAACAACAAUGCUGCUGCUGCUGAUGAUGAUGAUGAUGAUACCAAUAAUAAUAAUAGUAAUAAUAAACAGAGCUUGGUUGAUUUGGAAGAAAAGUCUAAAAGAUCAUCUAGCAGACUGCAUUACCAAAAAUUCGUAAGAAGUAAAAAUCUCGCAACAAAGGAGCAAAAAGAUCUAGACUGUAUUUUCGGCAGACGAGACUCGAAUGGUUACAUCAUCAAGUCGGCCAGUACAAAUGAAUUAGGGAAAUUAGGCAUUGAGGUUUUAAAAUUUUAG